AUGCAAAGUGAUCCGACCCCUAACUUGGAACAGUUCGUCGUAGCCGGUUUGAUGAAUGCUAGAGCCUACCACGAGGUUGACCCCGCCAACCCUAUCAGCGUGUGUGGCAUACGGACUGACUUUCCCCGUCGUGCGGAUUCACUCAAGCAAGGCCGCAGUUUAGAAAACCUCGGCUGGAGACUCUGGCAGAAAGCACAGCCAGUCGACAACACAAGCGGACUCGGCGCCAUCACUGCCACCCACACUUCGCCUCCCCAAGAGUAUACUCAACUCUCUAGCAGCGUUGACUCGCUUGUUGAUGAGGAUACCACCAAACUUACUUCCAACUCGGCGCCUCUUGAGAUUUUGCGGCCCCGAAUACGUCGUCUGGACUCGACUAGCAACCCCAGUAGACGUGACCGCCACAUCAGUUCCGACGACUUCAAACAGAUGCCCGUCCCCAUUGUCAACGAUACUGAUUCUCUUUCCGCACCCACUGCUACCUUUCCCACCACUACUCUGAAGGAUGAGAUGGCUCCCGUCGUCCACGACCGAAUCGUGGCCGGGAUCGUCACCCAGAAGAAGCCACUGGCCAAGUUUGCUCUUGGCGGUCCCUGCUCUUCUAGCGGAAAGGCCAUGAGCGUCGAGUUUUCCAGGCCCAGCUUUGUGCUUCCUCCCAAGAAGGCCAUGCUUCAGGUUCAUGGCGGUUCCGAGUCUGCCUCUACCAAGGGCUCUCUUCAACCCGCCGAGGACCUCGCCACACAGAAGAAACAGCCUGUCAUCCCCACAAGCCGCAACGCCCCACUCGAAGCCGAAAGCGCAAUCAACUCAGACACCGAGGACGGCCAUGUUGAUGAGAGCGCCAUUGAUGACGAUGACGACUCCUCUGAUUGGGAAGAUGCUACGGACCGCGGCAGGUCGAGUGUAGAGGACAUGUUCUCCCAGCGCGUCGAGCCUCAGGCCAACCUGGCCUCCGGCCCGUCCCUCAUUACAUUCAUGCUUGCUCAGGAGCGCCAGAAGAACCCCAGCAGCCAGGCUCCUCGCUCUACCUCUGUCAUCAUCCGAGCGGGCGCUAAACGAAAAGCCCCAACUAUGGGUGCUCUCACCGAUGUUUACUAUCAGGGGCCGCUAAUGUUGAAGGGUCUGCGUUCUUCCAAGUCUCGACCUCGCUCGAGCGCCCAGCCUAUUAUCGCCCCUACCAACCACGUCCACGCGCAGGCAGCUUUGUCACCGCGAACAACUCGCCGCAACAUGGUCGCUACCGAGAUAACUGAGUCUCUUCGCCGUCAUCUUCUCUGGGAGAACCAGCAGAAGACUUCGACUGCCAAAGCUGUUCUCAAGCGUCGUCAUACCUCCCACAAUGUGGCCAACCUGAAUCAGUCUCCAGAAAAGCCAUGUCUGAAGCGGAGUGAAGACGCUAACGCCAGCAGCUGGAAUCAGUAUUUCAACAAGGACACCGUUGACGGCUACCAUUCCAAAGGCUGGUGA